AUGGAAAGAGAUACUGAGGACUUGGAUCGAAUUCGUCUUGAGUCACAAGCAGCUAAUGAAGAAACUGAAGCUUAUGUUCAGUUUGAGCAUUAUAGCGGCCUAAGAAGGUGGCUUGUUCCACACCUCUCAGAAGCUUUCGACUUGUCCUCAGCAUGUAAUGAAGUAUCACUCUCAGAGUGGGGACCACUUCCAGAGUUUUCAUUACUAUCAUCUGCUCAUUCAGAAGAAUCUGUGCUGGAAAGUGCAGUUUGUCCACUAGUGAUCAAGCAGCAGACUGUGAUGGAUGCAGCUGUUGCUACAACUGGUUUUUCAAACUGGAAAAAAGCCAUCGAACGCUUUAAUAAACAUGAGAAAAGUGCAUCACAUCACCAAGCAGUUGAUCUAAUAAAAAGAAUUGCUAAAUCAACAGCCAAUAUAGGAAACAAAAUAUCAACAUUAUAUGCAAAACAUAAGUCAUACAACAGGGCAUUGUUGCAGAUAAUAAUUAGUAGCAUUCGUUAUCUUAGUAGGCAGGGUAUUGCUCUCAGAGGUAGAUAUAAAAGUGGAGAUGAUAAUCUGCUAUUAAAACUUCGUACUCACAAUAUUCCACAGCUUACACGUUGGAUGGAAAAAAGGCAAGACAAGUUUACUAUACCCAAUAUUCAGAAUAAAAUUUUGAAAAUGGCACUUACAAUCCAGCAAGAAAAAAAAAGAAGUGUCUGGGAAGUGGUAUACAAUUAUGGUUUUGAAACGACUGAUAUUAGUAAUACUGAACAAAUGGUGUUUUGCUUACGAUAUGUUGACUGCCUCGAUGUCAAUGAGGAAUUUAUUGGGUUGCAAAGUCUUGAAUCUACAACAGCUGAAGUAGUCAUUUCUUUUAUAAAAGAUAUUCUUUUACGCAUGGAUCUACGAACAGAGAACUGCAGAGGCCAAUGCUACGAUGAAGCUAGCACAAUGGCAGGCCAUAAAUCAGAAGUAGCUAAAGGAAUAAUGGAACUUGAGCCAAGAGCACUUCAUACACUUUGUUGUGGACAUGCCCUGAACAUUGCUGUACAGGAUUCGAUUAAGCAUGUCAAAUUAAUGAAAGACACUCUUGACACAACCCAUGAAAUAAUGAAGCUUAUCAAAAAAUCACCUAAACGUGAAGCAAUUUUCAAAAGUAUAUCAACCUUUGAAUCUCCAAGUAUUCGUACAUUGUGUCCCACCAGGUGGACAGUCAGGACUGAGGCAUUGGUAUCAAUAUCAGAAAAUUAUGAAGCCUGUCUUUCAACUUGGGAAGUUGCUAAGGAAUCUACAAAGGAAACAGAGAUGAAAGCUAGAAUUUUAGGUGUGUAA